UAUAGAAAAUGGAAAGGAGGUUUAUUCUAAAAGUCAACAAUAAUUUGACAAUUUAUUGACACAUGACAAAUGACAGUCAGUUGUGCAGAUUGCCGUCAGUCUCGAAUCUCGAUAAAAUCUGUCUGGAACUGCUCUAAAUUUUGAAGCGUGCUGAUCUUCGUUUUUUGUUAGUCAUGGCUAUACCGGCUUUACUUCGCCGUAUCACCUUGAUAAACGGGACCCUGUAUUCCGCCGCCGCUCUUCGCUUCGCUUCGUGCCAGUCUGAGAAAAAAGUCUUCUUUGAUGUAACUGCUGAUGGAGAACCUCUCGGUCGCAUUGUCAUAAAGUUGGAAACUGACAUGGUCCCUAAGACAUCAGAGAAUUUUAGAGCUCUGUGUACUGGCGAGAAAGGUUUUGGUUAUAAAGGAUCGUCAUUCCACAGGAUCAUUCCUAACUUUAUGUGUCAAGGCGGCGAUUUCACUAACCACAAUGGUACUGGAGGAAAGUCCAUUUAUGGCCGUGUUUUCCAAGAUGAGAACUUCAAACUGAAGCACACUGGCCCUGGUAUCUUAUCAAUGGCUAAUGCUGGUCCAAACACUAAUGGGUCUCAGUUCUUCAUCACAACAGUUCCUACACCUUGGCUUGACAAAAAGCAUGUUGUAUUUGGUGCUGUAGUAGAGGGCAUGGAUGUUGUAAGUAAAAUGGAAGGUCUUGGAUCUAAAAGUGGCAAGCCCACUAAGAAAAUUGUGAUUGCUGAAUGUGGUGAGUUGGACUGAACCUUAUCACAGUAUGUGUAUGAUUUGGUGUAUAGUAGGUAGAUACAAGUAGAAAUAAUUAAUAAUAUUAAGUUAUCAAUUAGAACCUGUAGAUAACAUAAAAAGUUGUAUUAUUUCAUCCUGGUGUCCUAUCUGCAUUUAUUUAGUCAUAGUUGUUUCAAUAGUGUUUAUAUAAUAAUCAACCUAUGUAUCUAAUGGUAUGUAUUUGUAAAAAAUCAGAUACAAUUUCCUUAACAAAACACAUUUUGAGAGUCUUAAUAUUACUUGAUUUGGAUUUGAUAGUCUUGACUUGAUUGAUAGUCUUAAUGUAUAUAAUCUAGAAUUUGGUCUAUAUUGCCUGGGAUCUGUCUAGGACUAAUGAAUAUGUUGUACACAGGUGUUUAUAAGGAAGAAAUUGCUGUAAAAACUGCAGUUCAGUGAAUUAACAACUUUCCAAGACAGUAUUUUUGUUUUGUUUUCUUCUAAUGGGAUAAAUAAAAGGUGAUAUAAAAUAA